AUGUCUUCCAAUAACCCGGAACCAAAAAUUAAAUUCUCAACUCCACCUCAUGCUCAAACUUUCGAAGAUGUUGCCGCCGAAUUGAAAACCAAUGUAGACAAAGGGCUUGCGGCCGCUGAUGCCAAGCAAAGGCUUGAUGAAUAUGGCCAGAAUAUCCUCGAAGGAGGAGAGGGCGUUCAUGUUUGGAAGGUCCUCUUCAAGCAGCUUACCAAUGCCAUGAUCUUGGUCUUGGUCUUCGCCAUGGUUUUAUCGUAUGCAACUAAGGACUGGAUUGAAGCUGGUGUCAUCACAGGUGUCAUCGUUCUAAAUGUCGGUGUCGGCUUCUACCAAGAAUACAACGCUGAGAAAACCAUGGAAUCCCUGAAAUCGCUUUCCUCGCCAAUCGCAGCUGUUGUUCGCGACGGUAACCUGGUCUACAUUCCCUCUAUGGAAGUCGUCCCCGGAGAUAUUAUCGAACUAAAGACCGGCGACGUCGUACCUGCCGAUAUUCGCAUGAUUCCUGAAACUUUGAACUUUGAAGCUGAUGAAGCUCUCCUAACUGGUGAAUCCCUUCCUGUUGCUAAAAGCGCUUCGACCGUCCUCGAUGUCGAUAUUGGUCUCGGAGACCGUAUCAACCUGGCUUUCUCCUCUACUACCGUUACAAAGGGCCGUGGUCGUGGUAUUGUUAUCGGAACGGGCAUGGAAACUGCCAUUGGUGCUAUCGCUCUAUCCCUUCAAGGCAAGAAGCAACGAAAGCCCAAUCGAUCGCUCAGUCGCAAGAAGCAUGGCCCUCUCCAACCCGCUAAGGGAGCUAUUCUUCGAACAUGGGAUGCCAUUGGCAAGUUUCUCGGUCUGACUGUCGGAACUCCUCUUCAAAAGAAGUUGGCAAAGUUGGCGUAUUUCCUCUUUGGAUGUGCUGUGAUCUUGGCCAUAAUUGUGUUUGGAGCUAACAAGUUUAACAUCCCACACGAGGUUGUUAUUUACGCUAUCUCUCUUGCUAUUGCUAUCAUCCCCGAAAGUUUGCUUGCCGUUCUUACCAUCACCUUCAGUGUUGGUAUGAGACGUAUGGUCCAACGUAAGGUCAUUGUCCGAAAGCUUGACUCCCUCGAAAGCUUGGGAGGUGUCACAAAUAUCUCUUCAGACAAGACCGGUACCAUUACCCAAGGCAAGAUGAUCACUCGUAAAUUCUGGAUCCCUAGCCUGGGUGUCUACAGCGUCGAAAAUACUGCCGAGGCCAAUGAUCCCACUUCUGGUGACAUUCGCCAUGAAAGCGAGGCUCCAAGACUCGGUGAGAAGGCCGAUGAAUCCGUCAGCAAGCAAUACAACUUGGAUCUCAUCUCUGGGCAGAAGGCUGUCGAGAUUUUCACCCGUGUCUCUGCUCUCUGCAAUGUUGCCACUGUUCGUUAUGAUGAAGAAAAGAAACAAUGGCAGUCUACUGGGGAUCCAACUGAAAUCGCCCUCCAAGUUUUCGCCCACCGAUUCGAUUCCGGCAAGAAGCAGCUCCUCUCAAGAGGCUGGAUCCAAGAGGCUGAAUUCCCAUUUGAUAGCGAUAUCAAACGUAUGUCUGUCAUCUUCCAGGAACCUGCUACCGAAUCCUUCCAUGCAUUCACCAAGGGCGCUGUUGAACGUAUCAUCGAUCUCUGCACUUCCUAUGGUAUUGACGGUGACGAACACAAGAUGACCGAGGAAUACAAGGAGACUAUCAUGGCCCAAGUUGAAGAACUCGCCGGUCAAGGUCUACGUGUUUUGGCAUUGGCUAAGAGAUCUAUCUCUAAGUGCGACAACUGGAAAGAUGUUGACCGUAAGGAUGUCGAACAAGAUCUCAUGUUCAUUGGUUUGGCCGGAUUGUACGACCCUCCUCGUUUGGAAUCCAAGGACGCUAUCAGACUGUGCAAGCAAGCUGGUAUCAAGGUACACAUGUUGACUGGUGACCAUCGUCUUACUGCUGCUGCCAUCGCUCGUGAAGUCGGUAUCAUUCCUGGUUACACUGGCCGUUUGUCCAAAGAAGAAGUUGAUUCGCUCGUUAUGACUGCCUCCGAAUUCGACAAACUCACUGACGAAGAAAUCGAUGCUCUUCCCACCAUGCCUGUCGUCAUUGCUCGUUGUGCUCCUGAUACUAAGGUCCGAAUGAUUCAAGCUCUUCAUCGACGAGGUCUUUACUGCGCCAUGACUGGUGACGGUGUAAAUGAUUCUCCAAGUUUGAAACAGGCUGACGUUGGUAUCGCCAUGGGUCUUGGUGGCUCUGAUGUUGCAAAAUCUGCUUCGGACAUUGUUUUGACUGAUGAUAACUUUGCCUCCAUUGUCAAUGCCAUCGAAGAAGGACGAAGGAUGUUCGAUAACAUUCAAAAAUUCGUUCUUCACUUGCUUGUCUCCAACAUCGCAGAAGUUAUCCUCCUUAUUAUCGGUUUGGCUUUCCGCGAUGAAGAUAACUUCUCUACCUUCCCAUUGGCUCCAUUGUCGAUUAUCUGGAUUAACAUGCUUACGUCUUCGUUCCCUGCCUUCGGUCUCGGUCUCGAACCCGCCAACUCCGAAAUCAUGCGUCGUCCACCACACAACAACAAGAAGGGUGUCUUCACCUGGGAAAUCAUCACUGACAUGUUGGUAUACGGUAUCAUCAUGGGCGCCUGCAUGAUCGGAACCUUCACCAUUAUUGUUUACGGAAUCGGAAACGGUGAUCUCGGUAGACACUGCAAUACCUCUUACAAUCCAUCUUGCGACCUGGUUUUCCGCGCUCGUGGUGCAGUCUUCGUUACUACCGUUUGGCUCAUCCUUCUCAGCGCCUGGGAAUUCAAAUCUAUCCGUCGCUCACUUUUCAGACUUGACCCUGAAGAUGAGCAUCCCUUCCCUAUCUUCAAGGAUAUCUACAGGAACAAAUUCUUGUUCUGGGCUGUCGCUAUCGGCUUUGUCUCUGUUUUCCCAGUCUUGUACAUUCCCAAGCUUACUACAAACUUCUUCAAGCAUAAGGGAAUUACAUGGGAAUGGUCGUUGCCUAUUGUUAGCGUUGUUAUCUUCAUCUUUGGUGUUGAGGCCUGGAAGUUUAUCAAGAGAAAGAUGCAUUGGUUCGAGGCCGACAGGGGGAUGUAUAAGAGCAACCAACUUGAUCGAUUCUUGUCGACUGAUACCAGAUUCUCUGGAACCGGAAAGGUUUAA